GCUACAAAGCACUUAACUAAGGACAACCCUAGAACACUCAUCAAUAAAAAAAAAAAAAAAAAAAAAAAACUCAUCAAAAGAAAAAAAAAGACAACUCUAGAACAAAACUUUGAAAUGGGGAAGAAUAAGAACAAAACUCCCAUUCCUGAGGAAACUAAGAUCCUCCUACUCCGGGCAUUGAAGGACUUCCAAUCCUCCAAAGACACAGCAUAUACAUUUGACGCUAGCCUGUCGAACUUUGAACGAGCUCUAGUGCACGAAACAUGCAGAAAAAUGGGAAUGACAUCGAGGAGUGGUGGGCUUGGAUCCGCACGCCGCAUUACUGUUUACAAACGUGAAACGAAGAGUGAUGAGAAGAUUGAGAAGCUCACUGUUGUGAAAUUUUCUGAGGAGUCAAAAGAAGCAUUGUAUGAUCUAUUUAUGCGGCAUCCGCCUGGUGAUGGGGAAGAGCAGAAAAAAAUGAUUGGGGGAACUGGUGUAAAAGUUGUCGCCAACUCACGUCGUAAGACGACUGAUAUUUUUCUUAGGCCAUCAAUGAGCAAGGCGGAUAUUGCACAGAAGGUGCAAUCACUUGCUUCUAGAGUAAAGAAUGUUGCAGCUUUGACACAGAUUACUAAAGAUAGGUCCAAACUUCCAAUUACUUGUUUUAAAGAUGCAAUUACAUCAACGAUUGAAUCUCACCAGGUAGUUCUUAUAUCUGGUGAGACAGGGUGUGGGAAGACCACGCAGGUUCCCCAAUUUCUUUUGGACUAUGUGUGGGGCAAGGGUGAAGUUUGUAAAAUAGUUUGUACACAACCUCGACGUAUCUCUGCCAUGUCAGUUGCUGAGAGAAUCUCUUCUGAAAGAGGACAAAAUAUUGGCGAGGAUAUUGGAUACAAGAUACGAUUAGAAAGUGCAGGUGGGAGGCACUCGUCAAUUGUAUUCUGCACAAAUGGGAUUUUAGCAAGGAUUCUAGUUUCUAAUGGUGUCAACACUGAAGCAACAAUGAGACAUAAAAACCAAGAGAUUUCUGAGAUCACUCACAUUAUUGUGGAUGAAAUUCAUGAACGGGAUCGCUACUCUGAUUUCAUGCUUGCAAUUAUGAGAGACGCGCUUCCCUCAUACCCUCAUCUGCGUCUGAUACUGAUGAGUGCAACUCUUGAUGCUGAUCGUUUUUCACAAUAUUUUGGUGGCUGCCCAAUAAUUCGUGUUCCUGGAUUCACUUAUCCUGUCAAAACUUACUAUUUGGAGGAUGUACUUUCUAUCAUUCAUGCGAAAGGCAAUGAUAACCUUGGUAGUAAUAUAUCAGGUGCUACACGUGAAGAAUCUGAGUUAAUAGAGGAAGAUAAGCUUGUUUUAGAUGAUGCUAUUAAUUUGGCUUGGUUAAAUGAUGAGUUUGAUCCCCUUCUAGAAUUGGUUUCUACUGAAGGUACUCAAAAAGUGUAUAAUUACCAGCAUUCUGGGAAUGGUUUGACUGCGUUAAUGGUGUUUGCUGGUAAGGGUAGAGUUGGAGACGUUUGCAUGCUUCUAUCUUUUGGUGCAGACUGCCAUCUACGAGCCAAUGAUGGAACAACUGCACUCGAAUUGGCUGAAAAAAAAGGCCAACAAGAAACGGCUGAGAUACUUAAACAGCAUAUGCAAAAUGCUCUUACUAGCUCCUUAGAAGAAAAACAGUUGGUUGAUAAAUAUUUAGAACGAAUCAACUCAGAACACACUGAUGUUGUUCUCAUUGGGAAGUUGCUAAUGAAAAUUUGUACUGAUUCACAAGAUGGAGCUAUUCUUGUUUUUCUCUCAGGGUGGGAUGAUAUAAAUAAAACCCGUGACAUAUUGCUUAUGAACCCUUUAUUCAAGGAUACUUCCAAAUUUAAUAUAUUAUCUCUUCAUUCAAUGAUUCCAUCUCAAGAGCAAAAGAAGGUUUUCAAGUGCUCACCUCCCGGUUGCCGCAAGAUUGUUCUAUCAACUAAUAUUGCAGAAACUGCUAUAACUAUUGAUGAUGUUGUUUAUGUAAUAGACAGUGGUAGGAUGAAAGAGAAAAGUUACGAUCCGUAUAAUAAUGUAUCGACUCUUCAAUCUUCUUGGGUUUCAAAAGCCAGUGCCAGGCAGAGAGAGGGACGUGCAGGUCGUUGUCAGCCUGGGAUAUGUUAUCAUCUUUAUUCUAAGGUUCGUGCAGCAAGCUUACCAGAAUUUCAAGUUCCUGAAAUGAGGAGAAUGCCAAUUGAGGAACUUUGUCUGCAGGUGAAGCUGCUUGAUCCAGAUUGUAAGAUAGACGAUUUCUUGCAGAAGACAUUGGAUCCUCCAGUUCGUGAGACCAUAAGAAAUGCUAUUAUUAUUCUUCAAGACAUUGGAGCUUUGUCAGGUGAAGAGAAACUUACUGAACUUGGAGCAAAGCUAGGUUCUCUCCCUGUUCAUCCAGUAAUAUGCAGGAUGCUUUUCUUUGCCGUAUUGAUGAACUGCCUGGACCCUGCGUUGACUCUGGCAUGUGCUGCUGAUUACAAAGACCCAUUUACUCUUCCCAUGUCACCUUAUCAAAAGAAAAAAGCUAAUGAUGCUAAAUAUAAGUUUGCUUCAAUGUAUGGAGGCCAUAGUGAUCAGCUAGCAGUCGUAGCUGCAUUUGAGUGCUGGAAGACUGCAAAGUUAAGACACCAAGGGGGACAAUUUUGCGCUGAGAAUUUUGUCUCGUCUAGCACCAUGUCUAUGUUGAAUGGUAUGCGGAAACAGCUCCAAAACGAACUUAUCCAAACUGGGCUUAUUCCUGAGAAUAUCUCAAGUUGCAGCUUGAAUGCACGCAACUCAGGUAUACUCCAUGCUGUUCUUGUGGCUGGUUUGUAUCCUAAGGUGGGCAGAUUGCUUCGGCCUUAUCAGAAGGAUAAGAGGAUAUUCGUGAAAACUGCUGGUAAUGAUAAAGUUCGCUUGCAUACUCAAUCCAUUAAUUCCACAUUAUCUUUCGAAGAGAAUGAUAGUCCUCUAGUUAUGUAUGAUGAGGUCACUCGAGGAGAUGGGGGUAUGUUCAUUAAGAACUGUACCGUUGUUGGACCAUUGCCCUUGUUAUUCCUUUCAACAGAAAUUGCUGUUGCUCCGGAUGACAGUGUUGAUGAUGAUGACAACAAUAACGAUGAUUUUGGAAGUGACAAUGAGAGUGAUGAAGACAAAGUUAUGUCAUCGCCUGAAAAUUCAGUUGUAGUCAUAGUGGACCGGUGGCUUUAUUUUAAGUCAACAGCACUUGAUAUUGCUCAUAUUUACUUGCUAAAGGAGCGAUUAUCUGCAGCAAUUCUAUUCAAGGUUAAAAAUCCAAAAACAAUUCUGCCUCCUAUUCUUGAGGCCUCAGUAUCUGCCAUAGCUCGCGUUCUAUCUUGUGAUGGUCUAUCUGGGGUCUCAUUUCUUAAUUCGAAAAUAGAAAGGAGCCUGAACAACACACCUAAUUUUAGCUCUAUUUCGGGUAGGCCAGGUACAGCUACAAACCCACGUGAAGCAUCAUCAUAUGGUUCACAUGGAGAUUCAUAUAAGAACCGGCAUAAGAAUGGUGCCGGGUAAUGAUCAUUUCUUUAAAACCUCCAUUUGAUGAUUUGUUGUAUACCAAUCAAUAGGAUGAAUUAGCCCUGUGCUCAAAAAAUGUGUACUCACCAUAUAUAUAGAUAGGUUGGUGGGGGAAAUUAGGGAAGAUGUUUUGACACAGUACUUCUACUAUGGUUUUUUUUUUUUUUUUUUUUCUUUUGCUGUAACUUUUUCUGGUUUUAGCUCAAUAGUUGAAAAUUUUUUCUGGUUUGCUGUAACUUUUUGGUGGGGAAAUUAAUUUCAUUUUUUGCA